UUACAGAUAUGACUCUAUUGUCCUCACAAGAGGACAUCCUAGAGGAGAUGCCAUCUGCCGCGUCUGCCGCUGAGAACUCGGAGAUGAGGAUGCUGGAGAAGAGGUCAAAGGUCAUCGAGGAGCUGUUACAGACAGAGCGGGACUAUCUGCGAGACCUGGAGACCUGCGUGGAGCACAUCAUGAUUCCCCUGCAGGCAACACAGAUGACAAAUGUGGAUUUCGAGGUAUUAUUUGGAAAUAUCUAUUCAGUGAUUGACAUUACUAAGAAAUUAUUAGGAUCUCUGGAGAACUGUGACUCCGUGGGUUUGAUAUUUCUGGAGCAGCGGGCAGAGCUGGAGUCUGUAUAUAAGGAGUAUUGCCAGAAUCAUGAAGAGACCAUUGCACUGCUGGAGACCUAUGAAAAAGACGAAAAGUUCCAGAGACACCUCCAGGACUGUAUGGAGACUGUGAAGAGUCUGUACCAGGAAUGGGGGUGCACCAAUUACAUAAACCUGGGCUCAUUUCUCAUCAAGCCGGUGCAGAGGAUCAUGCGCUAUCCUCUGCUUCUCAUGGAGCUGGUUGGAGCAACUCCAGACUCCCACCCAGACAAGAACCCCAUUAAAGACGCUGUGCGGGCAGUGAAAGAAAUUAACGUCAAUAUAAACGAGUACAAGAGGAGAAAAGAUCUGGUUGUGAAGUACCGUAAA